CAAGGCAAAAGAGGCCAAACAGCCGUGCUUGCGGGCUGGACAGGAGAUAGCGUAGUGGCACACAUUCGUCCAAGCAGCAGUCCAACUCUCAGACCACCAUCACUGGCAGCCGGCGCGAGCGCUAAUGGGUGACAAGCGCUCGGGCGCCCGGCCGCGCCAGCCGAGCCAGGGCGGCUGCCUCGUCGUCGCAGCGCUCGUCUUGAUGGCCUUCCUCUACGCCAACAACCCGGCAGUGCAGGACGCCGACGACGGCAUCGCCCUGCGGCUCGCGCGCGUCGCUGAGCUCGACGUCGAGCUCCAGGGCCACGCCGCUUUAAGAGAUGCGGCCCGCAGCGACGUGGAAUUGGCGCGGGCCCAGGCGGAGCACAUCGAAGCGCCGCCAGAACCGCCGCCACCACCUCGGCAACAACGGCGCGAGGUAUUAACCACGAAACCGGAGUCGCAGAAGGACUAUAGGGGAUACACCUUCUGGUCCUCCGACUUUCAUAUAAGCCCCAUCGCCGACUUGAAGGACCUCUUCGCGCCCAUGGGCAUGCGCAUCAUCGAUGAGUCGUUGUCCGGCCACUGUCACCUGAAGAAGACGUGCUCGCGGAACCUCAAAGUGAUUACUAAACAAAAUGGUAUCACGCUAGGACAGUGCCCCAACCAGUUGCGGCGCAAGUUCUUCGAGGCCUAUGUUAAUGAUGCUAGAAUGAGAAGUGUCGACGCGUUCUUAUGUCAUCAUGCUGCUGGUUUGUGUGAAGCGUUCAUGCCGUUCAACAAGUCGCUGAUCGUCGUCGCUUCCACCAGAUACGAGAUCGGCCGGCAUGAUCCUAGAAGGUGGAAGGCGUGGAACGCGAACCUCAAGGCCAUCGCGGCGCAUCCCCGCAAUGUUGUGGCGGCGAACAACCGCUACGACGCGGAGUACGUCAAGUACUUUACUGGUUUAAGUCAUGUGCCGGUCCUGCCGAAUUAUUGUGGGUGGCGGUGUGGGAAUCAACUUCCAGGCGCGCUCGUCGUCCCCGUGACUGCGUCUGCUCGAUGACGUCGACGUGACGUUUCGCUGUAACAGCGUCUGCUCGAUGGCGUGGAGAUACCACGCCAUCGGCGCGACGACGUCCCAGUGAUUGUGUCUGCUCGAUGGCGUGGAGAUUCGACGCCAUCGGCGCGGCGUCGUCUGCUAACUCACCGGUUGAUUUCCACACGCAGGCGGAUAUACGGGCGUAACCUACAACCCGACGCGACGACAAAUACUAAUAGGGCCAGGACGAGGCGUCAAGGACCACUUCGUCCAGCAGCUUGAUAGCGCGGCAAGAAAUAAACGAUUCCAGGGCCAACAACUCCAAUUCAAGCGAAUACGGGACCUCUACCCGCACUUCGAAUAUAGCGAUUUAGCAGCCCACCCUUGUAUCGUAUUGAUCCCCUACCAAGUUUCAUUGAUGUCGAUUUUCGAAUAUUACCGCAUGGGUAUACCGAUGUGGGCGCCUUCACCGGAGUUAUUGGCGCAGUGGCAGCUGAAGUACCGCGUCAUGAGCGAGCGGACCUGGGAUCUAGUCAGGAAGAAGCGGCCCACACGUGGAAGUCCUCUACCGAGAGCGCCCGGUGCUUCCCACAGACACGACCCGAACGACGAGUUCGACAUAAAGGCAAUAGCCUUCUGGAUCAAGUACGCGGACUUCUACGAGUGGCCCCACAUUUCUACGUUUACUUCGUUCGACGAUUUGGUACAGCAGCUGACGGCUCCUUCGUUGGAUCUGCGCGGCAUGUCGCAGAAAGUCAUCGCGUACAACGAGGAGAUGGUCCGCGACUUGAAGAGCGAGUGGCGGUCCAUCUUCGCGAAGAUGUUCCGUGGGCUGCAGCCCGCGGCGUCGGAGCCGCGGGAGCAAAAGCGGAACUACGACGAGGCGCUACUCGCGAAGUACGGCGCGCGGCAGUCCGACCGGUGCGUCGGUGACGCGUUCGAUGGGGCCGCUUCCGAUUGGUUGGUUCGUCCUUAAGUUUUGGGUUUUGUG